UCAAGCAUGGAUGAUCUGGGACUGCGGAUACAAGCCGAAGGACUUUCGACACAGCCGAGUCAACACGGUGCUGGAGUUGCCAUGUUGGCUUCCCGGUACUAGUAUCAACCUUCUUGCCAAUCUUGGAGUACUGUCUUGUUCGAUUCGACCAAGUCUGGUGUACCAGUGAUGGAUUUCAAACGUGACGAAAUCUUCAACUGUCAGAGAACAUCGUCAUGUGUUUGGAGCGAAGACGAGUUUUGCGAUGACACGGCUGAUCUCCUGGACUAUGAUGGAGACGACCUGGACCUCCUCCAAGAGGACAGCACUCACAACAGUGCCGCGGUUGAUCAACAGUGCGCUGAGACCACCACUGCAAAAGGUGCAGUUCAGGAAGAUGAGGCCAGAGCACGAGCAGCAGUGCAGACCUCCUCUGGCAGGUCACGUACUGUCAACAACGACGCGGAGAUGUCACCAACCAGUAGAGACCAAAAUGGCAAAGCUGUAGACAGUGAUAGUGACGAGGGCUUAGUUUCAACUGACGGAAGUAGCGAUGGCGAGACUAACGACGGCCACCAAUCCCACAGUAAUACUACUGCAUCAAACCCUCGUAUGAUUAGCACUCGUGCAAAUCAUCAACACGGUGACCUAAACGGAACCGACUUACCAUCAUCUGCCGUCAACAGCCACGGCAAGCCUGGUAUGACGAAUCGUGACACAUCACCACCACCAUCUCUUCAGGUGCCACACUUUGCAAACAUUGGGCAGCAGCGUAGCUUCUCCGACCUGGUGCACGUUCGCGAGCGCCAGGAGAGAACCGGCCCCUCUCCGUAUGCCGGCCCGUCGCCCAGUAGCGCUCAGCACGGGGGAGCUGCAACUUCGCAGCGUCAUUCCGACCCACCACCGCUGCUGGAAUGCAACGACGGCAGUGGCAGCAGUCACAUGCCAUUGAUGGAGAGUGACGUCGACGACAGCCGGAGCGUUGCGGGUACGGUGGAGGUGGUAAAGGAGCAGGCACCGGCUUCCAUUGGUUGGCCUCAUCCUCGCAGCUGCUGUCCAAUGCACCCGUUUCACCACAUGCCCGUGGUGGCAGAGGGUGACGGUGAGAGCAGCCAGCCGGCCAACAUGGACGUCAUCGAGGGUAUGCUGAGCUACGCGUCGCAUCGCGCCAACGCCAAGUACUGCACGCUGUGCUACUGUUACGUCUGUGACUGCAAAGCAUCCGAGUGCCUCCAGUGGCGCGAUCCUCGCUGCGCCCACUGUCACGCUCACAGUCGCUUUCGGCCCUGGUCAGGAGAACGCCAACGCUACAAGAAGUUCUUCUUGCCCAGUAUCCGUGCCACCUACAAGAUGCCAGACAUCAGUCCGUCGACCAUUAUGCAACUGGGAAUCAGGAAACGUGCUGAAGAAGGCUUGCCGUCUGCCGUCGAUUUCUUACUGAACACUACUCGCUACAAGUUUCCUCGCUUGUCGUUUGGCGAGGAGGACAUUGCCAACGUGCCGUGGUCUUUCGUUCCGUCCCUGGUGGCUCUGCUGACACGCUGGCACUUCUGUUUGCUGCUCCGGCGGUUGUGCAGCUACAAUGCUGACAUUUCGGGGCCCAUGCUGUCUGCGGCAGCACCGGUGUCGGAGGUUUGCAGCGGCGAUGUUUCCGGUGAGCUUCCGUCGACCGUUCCCGGCCACGUCGACCCGGACGCCAUCGUGGUACUCGUACUGCAGAGUCUGUUCUACAAUGUCAGUCUAGCUAGCUGGGAUGUCCUGCUCCGCUGGCUAAUAUCCAUGAUCGUGUCUGAUGACUGGGUCUGCAAUGGCUCUGGUUUUGUUUUGCGCGCAGAGGGUCUUUUGGAGAGCGUGGAGCUGCUGGCUGAAUGUUUGCCGAAGUGGCAAACGCCAUUGACAGUCGCCGACCUCAAGCAUCAGAGCGACCGGAAUAUGUCUGUUCCUCCACAGAUUGGUCGGGUGCUGCUGGUCGCGUACGGAGUUCGCCAAUUACACAAGAAAUCUCCUGUGAUGAUUGCUACGUGUAUUGAUGCCUUUUUGAAGCGUAAGUGCUACUGGGUAGUCUGGCAUAUUGCUGCAAUCCCGGAGUUGACGUCAUCGCGACCGUUCGUCAAGUGGAUGUUUCAGAAGCUCAUGCAGCAGGGCCACAUCUUCGACGUUCCCCUCGUCACCGGCCUAGUUCAGACCUGGUUUACUGAGCUGUCAGAUCUGGGUCUGCUACUGCGUAUUGGAAAAUUCUUGCUAGACUUGGAAGAGAUUGGUGGCGGCUUGUCAUAUUCCGCUGUGCUUGGCUUGUUCCGAACACUGGUAUGCCGUGCGGCGUCCCCCGGAAGUGCUCUGGAUGUUGUCACCCUCAUCUCUCAAGUCGUCAAGUUCAACAGGUCGUCGCCAGCAGCGCAAAUGUUUGUAGCACCGUUCACUGCCGGCGCCGACGUCACGUUCUCCGCUGCCGUGCACGUCAUGGUAUCAAUGGAGCAUCAGCACACCAAUGGCAGGCUGAUGAAAUGGUUUAUUGCAGAGCAGUGUGCUGGUGCGAAGAGGCCACCAGCUUGUAGUAUGAGGCAGGCAUUGAUGCACCAUGCUGUGGCCUAUAUUGGCGACUCCGAAUCCCGCAUCGCCCCGGAAACAAAGCUGUACCGAGGCAUUCCCGAUUAUAUGGGAUUCCGCGUCAUGGUCGGCGUUAUCUUGCUGGAGAAGUUCUUUGCUAAUCCUGAGCACGAAGACUUGCUUGUCCUCUGUGCGCUGGAGAUUAAAAAAUGUGGCUGGGCUCUUGGAGUUCUCUGCACCUUCUCCUCGGUGUCUGCGCUGAAGACUGCUAACCAAGCGCUGGCACAGGCUAUCAUCGAUGAGCUUGCCACUCAGCCCGCAACCCAGCAGCAGCAGCAGUCGUGUGCUCAAGCUUUGACCACGCCUGUGGUUGAGAGCUGGCUUCACACACUGGACGAGCGCAUGGCUGUCCACAUAGUCGAUGCACUGCUGAAGCAUUUACCGCAGGGAGAUCAACAUGGCGGUGACUGUGCAGCUGGCGAUGACCUGCAGACCGCCGUGCAUUUUGCCGUCAUCCUGUGGAAGCGCUUCAUGGGCAUGUGUGAAGUUGGACAGUGGCCGGAGUGCCUGCCUCAGUACGCUAAACUGCUCUGCCAGUACAACCUUACUGCUCGCAUGCACCGGUAUAUCCCAAGCGCUCCCAAUCCCGUCCGUGAUGAGAUCGCUAAGCUGUUCAACAUGUCCAGCAUACCCGAGUCGGGUAGGGACAAUGACACUGCCGAUGCUAUACUGUGGGAAGCGAGCUCCGGUGCUGUCGCCGACAAACGGCAACACGCUGCAUUACCGCAGACCUCCUCAGACCCAGCUUGCAGUCACAAAGGGCAGGUGGCAGCCCGUUCGUGGAGACCCGCGCUGCUGCCCAUUCCGUCCGGCGAGAUUCCGCUACGCAUCGCCACGGCCGUGAACUCAGCAUGCCCUGCUCCGUCCACGGCGCUGCCGCGACAGCAACUGCAGACGUGGCGCGAUGUGCCGCCGCCGUAUCACGAGGUGGACGCACAUCAGACAGUCCAGAGCGCGUGGAAGAAAAAGAAGAACAACAACAGGAACUGGCCGAGCAGAUGAAAAGCGGAUAGCAGAUUAAAAGAGAUGUGUUGACAAGACCAGGCUGCUAGUAUGUGUUUUGAGUUGUGUUCAACAUCACGCAGGCUAAUACAAUUGGUAGCAAUACUAUACAAGUACAAUACCAGUAUGUCAUUUCACACACUAGAACACUAAAAAAUAGAGUACCGGUAGCUCAGUUUUCUUUCUUUGUGCUUCUGCCUUGCCUGUUUCAUCGGCAAGAUGUCGUACUUGCUUCCUGAAGUAUGUUACUACACUACAUGUAGUACAUACACAAAUCCGGGAGAUCCCCCAGAUAGGCGUUAGCCGAAUUUGGGUAAUCCUGAAAUACAGAUCAUUAUGAAUUAUUAAGUUGCUGGUACUUUGAAGUACAUGUAGU